GACGCUCGAGAAGUAGUGAAAACGAGGUUAAAUCAUGAUCUGAGGCCAGCACGUUAGAGUAAGUGUAAUUAUUAGAGAAAAUGUUUCCCGGUUGGCAACAAUGGGGUCAAAACAUGACCGGGGUGAAUCCUGCUAUGGCCAACGUCCAGCCACAGAUGCAGAUCGGAAGUUUUCCUCAACAAAUGUACUGGGGGUACCAGCAACCUCAGCAUCAACAAUGGCCAGGGACACAGCCGCCAAUGGCAUCUGCCGGUGGAGCGCCCGGUCUCUUGGGAUUUGGACCUCCCGGACAACAACUGAAUAUACAGCCAGGACAACAGGGUAUUCCUGGAUAUGGUGGCAUGACACCAGCACCCCCUGUUGAGCCUCCGAAGGAAGAAAAGCCCCCACUCCCCCCAGAGCCCCAAGCACCAGAACCUCCUCCACCACCAGCUCCUGAAGGGGAAGAGAAUCUUGGUCCAAAAGAUUCAAGAGAGGCAGAGAAGUUAACCAAUUUACAACAGCAAGCUCAGCAGUGGCAAAAACAGAAGCAGUGGGAAGAAUAUACACAAAGCUGGUACUCCUAUCAGCAACAGAUGCAGCAGUAUAUGCAAAACCACACAAUGGAUGACAUACUAAAAGAAGAGCAGGAAUUCAACCAACAAUAUAAAGAUUGGAAGCAGCAGUAUGAGGAUUGGAAGGAACAAAACAAAAAUCACCCGAACCAAGAACAGUAUCAGCAAUAUGCCAAUCAAUGGAAGGAAUAUGAACAACAAAUGGAAGAAAAACGUCAGGAGAUUGGACAGAGGAAAGAAUAUUUUGAGCAACACCAGGGAGCUCAAAAAGGUGAACCUGGAAUGCAACCAGGUCAAGUACCACCAGGUCAAGGUCACCAAGGUCAAGGUCAGUUCAAUCAAGGACCCCCACAGGGAGAUGGCCAGGGACCUCCUCCAACUCCUAAUCAAUUGCAGAAUCAAGGUAGAUUCCCUGGACCAGGAAAUGAAAGAUUUAUGGGGCCACGCCCCCAGGAAGGGAGGGGUUUAGGGCCUAGAGGACCACGCUUUGAUGGCCCUAGAGGAAGAGGAAACAGGUUUGGUGGCCCUGGAAACAGAUUUGAUGGCCCAAGGGGAAGAGGCAGGGGUCAAGACCAGACAAGAUUUGGUCCUCCCCAGCAGCAGGGAGGUCCUAGGUUCCAAGCACCACAGCAAGGACAGCAACAGAAGUUUCCUCCUUCAGGGCAGCAGCAGAGGUUUCAAAGUCCAAAUGAACAACAGAAUUCUGAUGCUAAUUUUGAUGAUCAAAUGGACAUUGAGGAUGAGAAUGAGACGCAAAAUGAUGUAAAUCAGUCUGGUUUAGGACAGUUUCAGCAUUCUCAAGGUCCUCAGGACCAGCAUAUGUUUAGAGGUCCUGGACAGCAGGGGCCUAGAGGUCCAAGGGGUCCAGGCAUGCAGGGACCAAGAGGACCUGCUGGACCAAGAGGCCCUCAACAGCAAAGACCACGUGGGCCUUCACAGUUGGGGCCUAGAGGACCUGUUCAACAAGGGCCUAGAGGCACCAUCAAACAAGGACCAAGGGGUCCUAACCAGGAAGGCCCAAGAGGCCCUAGAGAUCCUACUCAACAAAGUCAAAGAGGCCCUAGGCCUAGGGGACCUGGUCAACAAAUGUCCACUAGGCCAGGGGCGCCAGGGCCUAGAGGACGUUUUGAGAUGGGCAACAAAGGUCCGAGAUUUAGUGCUCCAGGAGGACCUAGAUUCCAGAAUGCUAAUCAGAUUAGUGCAAGUCCUGCUGAAACACAGAAUACCAAAGGUGCUGCACAGCAGGCACCAUCAGGGGUGGUUUCUCUCUUGGACUUAACAUUUGAUGAAUCAAAAAUGAAGGCAUUAAAUAAGAAAAAUGUAGGUAGUGAACAGCAGAAUUUAAGUGAAGGAGGUAGUGGACAGCCUCAGAGAUCUGGUCCCCCUGGCAGAGGGCCAGGUGACAACCAGCAAAAUAGAGCGCCACAAGGUGGACAAGGAAAUACACAGACUGGCACUGUACAACAGAGGCCCAACCAAAAUCAAAAAAAUCUAAACCAGUCUGAUUCUCAGGGGCAAAACGAAAAUAAGUCAGAAAUGACGAAGUCUAAGGAUAGCACUGUGAAGAAUGGGUCUGGAGGAGCAAAUCCUGUGGCUGCUACCGGUGUAGAGGUUCCAAAGUUGUCUCUCUCAGAAGAGCAGCAUGCAUUAAUCAGGAAGGCUGCAGAAGAGAUCCAGUUGAAGGGCCUUUCAGGGAUCACCACUUUUGUAGGUGGAGCCUCUGCACAGGAUGAUGCACAUUCCUCUGACCUGGCUGAUUUACCUUAUGCUGGAGAUAGGAAUAUCACAGAAGGAGGUUUUGGUGCUUCAUACCGCUAUGAUGAUGUUCCUGGCAGAUAUGAGGAUGAAAGGCAUGGUUACUUACCGCCAAGAGACUUACCAGAAGACGUAUAUCGGAGACCACCUGGGAGGGAUCCUUAUGAAGACGACUUAUAUGGUCGUCCCCGGUUACCUCCUCCUCCCCAUGAUCCUUUGUUCGAUGACUUGAGAAGAGAUCCUUAUGAUAGGAGAGGCCCACUAUACGAUCCAUUAGGACCUCCAAGGGGAAGAGAAUUUGAUAGACUCUUGCCACCUCCACCAACAAGGGAUAGAUUGCUCUAUGAUGAGUACAGAUACAGAGAUCCAUACAGGUAUUCUCCACUGCCACGUCCACCACCAACUAGAGGUUAUGGUUAUCUCCCAGCACCCCCUCCUCUGCCUCCUCUGGCACCCAGGUCUGCUCCAGAAGUUAUUGACUAUGGGCAUCAAGGCUCUGUAAUGAAAGAAAAAGAAAAGGAAAUAAUAGACUAUGGCCAUGGGAGUGGUAGUGGAAGCAGCACUGCUGUGGAUGAUUAUUUUUCCAAGGAGCUUAUAAGAGAGAGAGAUGACCCUUACUAUAAUAGGCCAUUAGAUGAUCGGUUGUCCAGAGAUAUUGACCGGGGCAGGCCCAGGGAGAGAAGUAGAAGUCGAGAAAGAGACUGGGACAGACUACGAGAUAGGGACAGAGAGAGAGACAGAGGAAGAGAAAGGAGCAGGGAGAGGGAUAGGAGUAGGGAGAGAGAGAGAAUCAGAGAUAUUGACAGAGGCAGAGAUAUUGAUAGAAGUAGAGAUCGGGAUAGGUACACAAGAGACAGGCAUGCAGCAAGCUUGAGACCACCAAGGGAUCCCUAUCCUGCUCCAGGCGAAAGAAGUACUUCUUAUGGUCACCAUUCUUCACCUGUACCCCAUAGCGUAAGAGAUGAACCAAAGCCAGAGACAGUGAACAUCAUCGAUAUACUGUAUAACCCCGGCAGAAAGACCAGACCUGCUAAUAUUGUUAUUAUCCUGCGAGGUCUGCCAGGGUCUGGGAAGACCUAUAUCAGCAAAUUGAUCAGGGACAAAGAAACUGCCCAUGGAGGCCAUGCUCCAAGACUACUGAACCUGGAUGACUAUUUCAUGGUGGAAGUUGAGAAGACAGAGAAGGAUCCAGAAACAGGCAAGAGAGUCAAGGUAAAGGUGAUGGAGUAUGAAUAUGAGCCAGAAUUGGAGGAAAGCUACAGGCAGAGUUUGUUAAAGAGUUUCAAGAAGACCAUAGAUGAUGGAUUUUUCCCAUUCAUUAUUGUUGAUGCUGUAAAUGAUAGAAUACGAUAUUUUGAAGAAUUUUGGAGUUAUGCCAAGUCAAAAGGGUUUCAGGUGUAUAUAGCUAGAAUAGAAGGUGAUGUUGCAACAUGUGCCAAGCGGAACACAUACAACAGAACACAAAAAGAGAUACAAAAGCUUCUGGACAGAUGGGAAAAGACACCUUCUCACUUUCUCAGGCUUGAUGUCAGGCCACUGCUUCAAGAAGGAUCCAUUCAAGAGGUCGAAAUGGAAGAUUUUAGUGAAGAAACAACCAGAUCUGAUGUUGCAUCACAAAAGAAGGAUGAAGAAGAGGAGGAAGAGGAAGUUUCAGGGGUAUACAUGAAGAGCAAGUGGGAAUUAGAUACAUCUGAGGAAAGACUAGACAAACUGGAUGGGCUUCGUGUGGGGAAGAGGAAGCGUGAGCCAUCUCCGCAAAGGUUAGAAGACUACCUACAACUUCCAGAUGACUAUGACUCCAGAACUUCAAAGCCAGGGCAGAAGAGAGUACGCUGGGCAGACAUUGAGGAGAAACGCCACCAGUUGAGACGGCGUGAACUUGGCUUUAUAGUAGGGCAGACAGACUGGGAGCGCAUAACAGAUGACACCUAUGCUGACAGACUUUUGAAUCAAACCAAGUAUAUCUAGUCUGGAAUAAGGUGACUGGUGAAGAGAUGUUUACAAAGUUUUCUAGUGCAGAACUUGGCACCAAAGGAAAAAGCUUUUACUUUACCUGAUCUCUCUGGUUUGAGGAAAAGCCCUGGUCUGUUUUGUAGUACUUUGUAACUGGCAUUUUAGUGUUAAAGAUGUGGGUUAAAGAUGUUAAAAUUGCAUUGUUAAUGUUUUCAUUUAAUGAGGGGUUCCUAUUUUUUAAACAUUAAAAACAAUUUGUAACUCCUCAAAAACUGUGAGAGAGCUACUGACUUUAUUGAUGCACAAAGAUGUAUCAAUGAGGAUAUAAAAACUACAAAAUAAAGUUCAAAGUCGGCUGAAAUACUGAACAUGAAUGGUAAUGAUAGUUAUAAUAAUACUGAUGGAUUUACCCGCAGAUUUUGUAUGUUGUAUUCUUAAGCUUCCUUUCAGAUUUAUUAUUUGGGGAAAUGCUGUUUAACUGAUUUGAAGUUUUAUCACUGAUAAAAAGAAUGUUCAUUUACAAAAGAAACAAGUGUCUUUGAAAGUAAGUCAAGAUUAGAAUAUAUUUGUUGUAUAACAAAAUUACCUAGUAUUCUCAUCAUGUGGAAAUAUUCAUAAGGGAAAACCUGGAUUGUACUAAAACUAAGAAUCUCUGUUAUAUAGUUGAUUCACAACUUUGAUUCACUUGGUAUCCACGAUGUUGACUGGAUCCUUUUAUGAUACAUUUUUAUGAUCCAAAGACAUCAGUGUCUAGCUUACUGAUGAAAAUGUGACUUGUUUACUUAUGUAAGUCAUAAAAGUGGUAUCAAGUGACCAUUAUUAUUUUAUGUUGCAGAAUAACUAUUUAAUGUAUACCUAUGUAUUAAAGUAAAGAAUGUAAAUCUAACAAUGUCCAACUGUUAACAAUGCUACGAAUUAAAGUCACAAAAUUCUCUUUGAUUCUUAGUGCAAAUGAUUUUUAAAAGCAUUUCAAAAUAUAUUUUGGUUAAUAAAGGCAAUGCAACAAACUAUGUAAAAUAUUCAUGCAUGAUCCAUAUUGAAAUAAAAUAGUUAAAUAUGUA